GCCGACUCCGAAGCAGGCCUCUCCAAUUGGUUCGACAUGGUGCCGUAUCUAGGAGAAGUCUUCAACGGCGAUAAGGCGCCAGUCCAUAGUGUUGAUGCCGCCUCACCCGAAGCUUGCAUAACCAUCGAAACGAUUGACGCCUUGCGGUAUUUCUAUGUGACUAACCGUUGCCUGUUACCUAGCGCGUCCCACCGCAGCAUGUGCUCGAGGCUUUUCGCCGUCCCGCGAAGCACUGCGAACCGCGUCAUCCGGCAAUGAGAGAUCAGGUACGGUCAGGACUUUUCCUAGACCGUCGAAAACAAUACCGAGCCAGACUCACCUCACCCUCAACGGGCCGAGGCAGAUUGGCCUGUCGAAGAACUCC